CACGCAGGUCGUAGGCUAUCCUCAAUCCCCGAUCCCGUGCGGCGGCGGUUCCAUAGCAACACAGUACGGCAAGACGGCAAGUCCAAGUUUGCAGCGAUUGCAGCUCCACUGCUCCCCACCUUCUCGCCGUGCACGCCUGCGCAGCGCGCGGCGAACGGUUCGUCGGUGCCGUGGUCGUGGUCGUGCGCGAGCGCCUGUCCACGGCGGGCCCACGGCGAGGUGCGAAGCCGCUACAGGGCCCACGGCGAGCACUGACCGCCGAGCGGGCGAGGCCGUGACAAGCACCCACUAGGUGUCCAGCACAACAGCACGCCAGGAACAGUGGUCCAGCUCCCACUAUGGUUCUAACCAGCAAUAUUUCGGUUCAGAAGACCUUGUACGAGGUUUUAUCUGUGAGUGAAGACGCUACAUACGAUGAGAUCCGCGCAGCAUACAGGUCUGCCGCUCUGAACACGCACCCUGACAAAGCGCAGACAACUCUCGAGUCAUCAUCCGUGCCUUCCACUGAGCAACAGGAAUUUUCUAGCGUGCAGAAAGCAUGGGAAGUCCUACGACAUCCUACAUCCAGAGCAUAUUAUGACAAGCAGCUGCAGUCAUCCAGACAAAGCAUCGAGAUCAUCGCAUCUGAAAUCCAAGUCGGGGACAUGAUCGUCGAGAGCGCUGCUGGUGCUCUAGAGCUGCUGUACCCAUGCAGGUGUGGCGAUUAUUUCUCCAUCACUUCGGGUGAACUUAGCGGGAUGGGGAUUGUCGUCACUGGGGAUGGAGAAGAGGUAGAAGGGCUGCAGGCGUCGGAUUCCGGGUCGGCUUCUGUCGUUCUGGGCUGUGGCUCCUGUUCUCUCAAAAUACGGCUGGUUAUAGAUGGAACCUCAUGAUCACAUUUCAGGCUCUGGUUGCGCGCUAUUCAGCAGUGUGGUCAGUUUGAAUGCUUAACAACCACCACCACAUGUUUGUCAAACAGUAUGCAAUUCCUGCUCUGCUGAAAAUCGUGCAGCUUAUCCCAAUGGUGGUUGCAUUGUGAUAAAUGGCGUUUUGACCGUUGUUAUCAGCUAACCACCAUCGUCAAGUCCAGCUGCUGGGAGUUCAAAGCCGGUGGUGGUUAUUCGGUAGAUGUUUAGUUAAUGUUGUUUUUUCUAGGCCAAUUUAAUGGUCUCAUCUGUCAGCCAUUCACUUAAACGAUGGCUAAACUAACGGUUUUUUUUAUUUGGUAUCAGCUGAAUGAAUGCCUGUUGUUUUUGAUAGCUGCUGAUGAGAAAGAAGUGUUGGCUGCGGCCGUUGGUGUUGUAUUGAAUAACUUGUGACCGUAUCUGUACUGCUAAGCAUGGGCAGCAUCCCAUACAGAAGUAGAACGGCUCUGUAUCUGUAUCCUCAGAAUUUGAUAUGCGUAAAACUGUGCCUGCCGUUACCGCCG